AUGGAUUCAUCAUCAACUAAUACUACAAAAACCAGAGUUUUUUCCAAGACGAAUAUGGCCAGUCGCGUGUUUCCGUGCCUUCUCACUUCCACACAACCGUUAUCACCAUCGAUUUCUAAACGAUCUUCAAUAACAGUCGACAAUUCAUCGACAACAACUUUUCAAUCUCAACAAUCGAGUUCGACCGAAGGUCGUCACGAUGUUCAGCCAAGACAUGGACACGGGAAAAAACAAGUAGAUUUGUCGUCGAAUGCGUCAGUCGAUCAAUUGAAUGAUUUAUUGGACAAACACGUGCCUGAUACUCAACAACCAGAUAUUAUUGUCACUGACAAUAAGGCUGAUGAAUCAGAUGAAUAUGAAGAAGUGCCUGUACGGUUGCCGUCAUCAGUAUCGAGUCCAAGUGUCAAACGAGCAUUCAAAGAGUCUUCAUCGAAGAUUUCAACCUCAACAAAGCGAUCCAGGAACAAUGUAAAAGAAAAUGUUGAUCUCGACACGGAUGAUGACGAGAAAUCUGAUGAUGAAUCAUUGCCUUCAUUUCGAAAAGACGUUAUGGCGAAGUUGAAACAAGCAGAAAUUGAUGGUCGGUACAAUCGGCAAAUGUUUGAACAAUUAUUGUUGCAUCAUCAACGGCAUGAAGCCACACAGAAGCUUAUUUUAGAAAACCAAAAAAGAUUAAAGAAAGCUUUGCUGAAAAGGAAAAUUUAUGUUGAUAUCCAUGAAGAAAUCGAUUCGGCCGAAAAUUCUCGAACAGAUCCGGAUGGAAAUUCCUAUCCUACUGAAUUAAUAUAUUCAACUGAUGGCGGUAUUGCAACUUUCGAUGCUUUGAAUAUUGCAGGGCUGGUCGACGAAUUGUUUUCCGAAGAAGAGUUAAUUGAAUUUGAUCCUUUGACAAAGAAAAAUGAACUACUAUCACAUUCAAGUUACCUAUUUAUUAGAGAGGCUGUGAGAGUUAAAUUUCGGCUUUCGACGCGGAAAAUGGAAAUUGAAUGGCCCAAUAUCCACGAAGCCAUACUGAACAAACGACGGAACUGGAAGAAAGACAAGAGGUCGAAAACUGCAGGCGGUGUAACCAGCGAAUAA